AUGCUGUUAUUCAGAAUCGACUGUGGCUACCAAAACUACGACUGGGGCAAGAUCGGCUCCCACUCAGCCGUGGCCCAGUUUGCCGCCAGCUCCAAUCCUUCCACCACCAUUGACGAGUCCAAGCCCUACGCCGAGUUGUGGAUGGGUACCCACCCCUCGGUGCCGUCCGUGGCUGUGGACGGACCCUUGAAGGGCCAGACCUUGCGUGACUUGGUGGGCCAGUACCCAUCUCAGUUCUUGGACGACUCCAUCAUCUCCAAGUUUGGUCUGGCUAAAGAGUUGCCUUUCUUGUUCAAGGUGUUGUCGAUCGAGAAGGUGUUGUCGAUCCAGGCUCACCCCGACAAGGCGUUGGGUGCCGUGUUGCACGCUGCAGACCCCAAAAACUACCCUGACGACAACCACAAGCCGGAGAUGGCCAUCGCCGUCACCGACUUCGAGGGCUUCUGUGGAUUCAAGCCAUUGGACCAGUUGGCAACCACCUUGACCACGGUGCCUGAGCUCCACGAAAUCAUCGGCGACGAGCUCGUGGCCGAGUUUGUCGCUGGCAUCAAGCCUGCUGCCCAAGUGGGUUCUGACGAAGACGUCGCCAACAGAAAGUUGUUGCAAAAGGUGUUUGGCAAGUUGAUGAACACAGACGACGCCGUCAUUGCCGAAAAGGCCGCCAGUUUGGUUGCCAGAGCCGCCAGCGAGCCCCAGGUUUUCACUGCCAUCGACGCUCGUUUGCCAGACUUGAUUGCCCGUUUGAACAAGCAGUUCCCUAACGAUAUCGGGUUAUUCUGCGGGUGUUUGUUGUUGAACCAUGUCCAACUCAACUCUGGCGAGGCCAUGUUCCUCCAGGCCAAGGACCCUCACGCCUACAUUAGCGGAGACAUCAUCGAAUGUAUGGCUGCUUCCGACAACGUGGUGAGAGCCGGGUUUACUCCUAAGUUCAAGGACGUCAAGAACUUGGUGGAGAUGUUGACCUACUCCUACGAUUCGGUGGAGAAACAAAAGAUGCCGCUUUUGCCUUUCGCCAAGUCCAGAGGACAAGCUGCCAAAUCGGUGUUGUACGACCCACCAAUCGCUGAAUUCUCGGUGUUGCAGACCAUCUUCGACAAGCCUGAUGCCGUGCAGUCGUACGAUGAAUUCAACGGGCCCUCUAUUGUCAUUGCCACUAAGGGUACUGGGUCUAUUGGCAUCAAUGGCGAGCAACCCAUCGAGGUCAAGGCCGGCUAUGUGUUCUUCGUUGCUCCCGGCGUCGAAGUUGAAGUCAAGUCUUCUUCCGACGAUUUCACUACUUACAGAGCCUUUGUUGAGGAUAAUUAG